AGCUCAUUGUACGGACUAGUCUUUACAGAGGGUCUGGCGGAUGGAUUUGCGGCGCUCGUUCUGUGAAGGGGCAGGCGCAGUGAUUCCACAGCGGCACAGGUCGAGGAGACAGACAGUGGGAUCGAUAACAAACGGAACUCGGUGAGAAAAUUCAUGACCGGGACGAGGAGCGCAGAGCUGGCUUCAGAUCUGCCGUGAGCCCGUGGAACAGGAGAGGAAAGCGGGACGCAGCGGGACCAUGGAGAGGAAAAGUAUACCCGUUAAGUGCAUUCUCAACAAGCCCCAGAUAGUCCGUGGUCUGAGUGGAAACCUUCACACAGAUGUGAAUGCCAGCCACUCUCGAGCUGGAAGGUCUCUCCUGACCAAAGUGCAGCGCAGCAGGCACAAGCACCACUACGAAACCAACCAUCAUAUCAGGUCCAAGCCUGAUUUAAACACAACACUACCAGUUCGACAGACAGCAUCCAUCUUUAAACAGCCGGUGACCAAGGUAACAAAUCACCCCAACAACAAGGUGAAGACAGACCCGCAGAAAGCUGUGGACCAACCCAAGCAACUGUUCUGGGAAAGAAAGCUGAGCGGCUUAAAUGCAUUCGAUAUUGCGGAGGAACUGGUGAAAACUAUGGAUCUUCCCAAAGGUUUACAGGGUGUUGGGCCUGCAUGUUCAGAUAAAACACUGCUUUCUUCCAUCGCCAGCGCGCUGCACACCAGCCCUGCACCCGUCACCGGACAGCUCACUGCUGCGGUGGAGAAAAAUCCUGGAGUGUGGCUCAACACAGCGCAGCCUCUUUGUAAAGCCUUCGUAGUGACUGAUGAUGACAUCAGGAAGCAGGAGGACCUGGUGCAGAAUGUGAGGAGGCGGCUCGAGGAGGCUCUCAUGGCUGACAUGUUGGCUCAUAUAGAGGACGCCACUGCAGACACAGCAGCCGACAAAGUAGAAGAGAAGGUUGAGCAGGUGGACAAUGAGGAAUCAUAGCCAAGGCCCGACAUGACGUUUGCCGGUAAACUGGUUUUAUUUUCACACAAUUGGCUCCAUGAAGAUUUUUUAUAAACGUUUACAUGAAGUAGACCCUAAAAACACAUUCUGCAAGUCUUGUUAAACAAAAAUCUGUUUCUUUUCAUCUUUUUUUAUAUUUGACUAUGUAACCCUGAAAGGGUACUUUGAGUUUAAAUUUUUACCUCUGUAUGACAGUUUUGGAUGGUGCUCAAUGCAGUGUUACACUCGGUUAACAGCUGUUCAAGCUCAAAGUUAAAAACACAAACCUGGUGUGUGUGUGUUGUGUGUAUGUGUGUUGUGUGUAUGUAAGACGUAUCAGUUCAUGUUGAGAACCUCAAGUGUGUUCCUUUUUUAACUGUUCAAGAAGAAUAUGUUGCUCUUAUAUUUGAACUCUGGCACUGUAGGUAGUGUUGUGUAGGUUGCCAUAUGUUUACAUGCACACAGCACUCAUGUGGCUGUGAAUAAUCACAUUUAGCUCAUUUGAUAAAGGUUUUACAGUUUAAAGUGCUGUUGUUUCUCAUGAUAACCUAAGUUUAAGUCCGGGGAUGGGGAUCCUUUUUUUUUUCCUAUCAAGGCCCAUUUCAUUUUGAGAAAAUCCUCAAAGAGGCAUACUAAAUGACUGAACAGAAAUAUCACACUAACCCCCUUGAUGACGUCUGAUGUCAGAUGGCGGUGAUCAUGCAACUCGCAGCUGUUUCUUUAGGUUAUUGUCGGUCAGUCUUGAGCAGAACAGAGUCUUUGCACGAUUCAGCUUUGAAAACGCUGCUCUCAGACACAAGUUGUCCCAAACAGAGAUGCAAACGUCACUACAUGUCUGCUCGGAAUUAGGAAGUUCCUCAGGACGCGCAUACAGUUUAUAAAACUUGAGCAGAAAUUUUUGUGGCUUUGAACUCAUUGUUGCUCUGCAGCUUGAUAAUAUUAUGUUAUAGGUCGUCAGGCACAUCAGCUGGUUCCCCAUUAAACGGCUUAACAAAUAUGCUCCGUUUGUUUACAUUUCACGUCCUGAAACAAUCAUCAAACGCCUGAAGGAGUUUUGCAGACUCACCAGCAUAUUCGGAUGUCAUAGCUGGCUUUUUGUAGUUGCAGAGCAGGAAAGUGCACAGUGUUGCAAUUACCACAGCUGUAAUUGCCCUAUGUUUGAAAGCAGAGAGCUAAGAGGCUGGUUGGGACUUUGGAGCUUGAUGUGGCGCCCCGGGAGGUUGUUGGUCUGCCACGAAGGCCAGAUCACAUUGCCACUUGCUAUCACUGAGUUGCACGACAGGUUUUCCCUUCAUCUCCAUGAAGUGUUUUCUCCCUGGCAGCAUAUUACCUUGAUUCAACCCUCGCGCAUCUCAAUGAUAAACCAGAUCUCUGAACUCUCAGGCUCCCUCAGCAGCCUCUUAAACUGGCAGCUGUACGGCCCAUAUGUUGUCAUAAUGCCAGUGUGUUCCAGGGAAUAUGACUGAUGUGUUUAUGUUUGAGACAGUGGAACACAUCUCAAUCACUUUCAUUCGUACUGAGAUUACUUAUUUAAUGUUUUGACCAAUGCCACGAAUUAUCUUCUGCCAUGGCUGAGACUCCAUUUGCUACAAGGUGCCUUGAAAGUUAAGGCACCUUGUUACAAAUCAAAACCGUAUUUAAGUUAAUCCCCACCUUUCAUAGUGCAUGGCUUGCAAAGACAACAAUUCCUCCCUCAUGUCCUAAUCAGCAGCAAUCCCACGCACAAAAAUGUGUUUGUUAUGUCUGUAAUUUCAUCGCAGGCCAGAGAGAAAAAAUGGAAGUUUUUGUGCUGUCCUGAAGAGGGUUUUUUAGUUUUUUAUAUCUUGUGCCAUAUCAGUAAUCUGUUUUGCAGAAGCUUAUUGUAACAAACUGAUGGAAUGGAAUAAUUUUACUUAGCAAUUAGCUCGUUCACCACAAAACAGUCUAUUUGACACUUUCUUGUGAACUCUGCUCAAGAGUGUUUACUUCAUCCAAGAGCUUUUGCCUUUGCAACUCUUCUAGUAAAACCUGUUUCCAGCUGUAAUGAUGGUCGAGAUCAGAUUUUUUAAACAUUGAGACUAUGACCCCACAUACUAAACACACCUUCUUGUCUUUUGACUUCAUUUUUUUUUUUUU